AUGACACAAAGGAGUAAAAGAGAGAAAGAUGGGACUGUGAAAUAUGUCACUGUGGGAUGUGCUCGGGAUGGGAAAGCACGAAAUAGGGCGUCAAAUGUCUCCAAGCCUCGGCCAACAAGCAAGACAGACUGCAAGGUAAGGAUGAAUGUCAUGUUAAAGGAUGGGAAGCUGUGUGUGACAUCCGUAUUUAACACACACAAUCAUGGGCUCAGUCCAAGAAAAUCCAGAUUUUUUAGAUGCAACAGAGAAGUUAACGAGUCUGUUAGGAGGGUGUUGGAUACUAAUGAUGAGGCUGGCAUACGGAUGAAUAAGAGUUUCCAUGCUCUUGUGACUGAAGCGGGUGGGUAUGAGAACGUACCAUUUGGAGAAAAAGAUUGUCGUAACUAUAUUGACAAGGCACGACACCUGCGUCUUGGUAAAGGUGGUGCUCAAGCGCUGUUUGAGUAUUUUAGAAGGAUGCAAAACAAGAAUGAUGGUUUUUUCAGCCUCAUGGAAUUAGACGAUGACGAUAGACUGAAAAGUGUGUUUUGGGCGGACGCCCGUAGUAGAGGGGCAGACAACUACUUUGGAGAUGUGGUAACAUUCGAUACCACAUACUUGACAAAUAGGUAUGGAAUGCCAUUUGCACCUUUUGUGGGUGUAAACCAUCAUGGACAGUCAAUCCUUUUGGGUGCAGGCCUUAUUUCAAGUGAGGAUACAGAAUCGUUUAUUUGGUUAUUUAAAACUUGGCUUGAUUGCAUGGAUGGAAAAGCGCCGAAUGCUAUUAUUACAGAUCAAGAUCGCGCAAUGAAAAAUGCAAUCGCCAUUGUCUUCCCGAACACGCGGCAUAGAUAUUGCUUGUGGCACAUAUUGCGAAAGGUCCCUGAGAAAAUUGGUUCACAUGGUCAAUACAAAUGUGGCCUGAAAAGUAAAUUGCUAUCUUGUGUAUAUGACUCCCUUACAAUUGAGGAGUUUGAGAAUUCUUGGAAAAGCCUCAAUGAUACUUUCAACUUGCAUGAAAAUGCAUGGUUGCAAAGCUUAUAUGCAGAAAAAGAGUUUUGGGUGCCGGUAUAUUUAAAGAACUCGUUCUGGGCUGGAAUGAGUACAACUCAACGCAGUGAGAGCAUGAAUGCUUUCUUCGAUGGCUACGUGCAUGCCAGAACAAACCUUAAAGAGUUUGUUGAUCAGUUCGACAAUGCUCUCAAGAAAAAAGUUGAGAACGAAAACCAAGCUGACUUCAAUUCAUUUAACUUCACCAUUCCUUGCAUAUCACACUUGGCUCUUGAGAAGAAGUUUCAAGAUGUAUACACAAAUGCAAAAUUUGAGGAGGUUCAACAAGAGAUAAUGGGAAUGAUAUAUUGUCAUUGUCGUUUCGAGAAAAUGGAGGGAGUAAUCGCAAUUUACUCGGUCGAUGAUCAAGUAAAGGCUGAAGAUUUCAUCAAGGAGGUUACGUAUACUCUUUACUUUAAUGAGGCUGAGUGUGAGGCGAAGUGUGUUUGUGGGUUGUUUGAGACGCGAGGGAUAAUAUGUAGACAUAUUCUUGCAAUCUUUUCAGCUAAGAAAGUCCGUGAGUUGCCAGAGAAGUAA